AUGGUCCUUGUUUGCGCCUCUGGAAAAACCGGUUCCGCGACCUUCGCGCGGAACUUGUCGAGGAACUCCUUCGCGCGGGGCUUCGGUGGAACCAACGUCUCCUUGGUGAGCUUUGCCUCCAAGGACGCCAAGAUUCUCCCGGAGCCCGACGCGCCGCUGCCGCUCAAUGAGCAGCUGACCUUCUGGCCAGGCGGAGGUGGUGAGCUGAACCACGAGGCGAUGCCCGAGAGGAGUUUCGACCUGGUAGGCAGCUUUUCGGACUGGCAGCCGGUGCCCAUGCAGAAGGAGUCAGAGGGCAUCUACAGCUACGUCUUGAUCUUGGGAGAGAACAGGUGGGAGGUCUUUCAGAUUUGGCUGGAUGGAGACCCUUACAGGUGCCUGUUCCCGGAGCAGCACAAGGCAGCCUCGAAGAGCCAUGUGUUGGGUCCAGAGGCCAAAGCCACCAGCUGCUGGUUGUUGGACGGACGACCUGAAGGCGAAUUGCGGCUCCGGAUCAAGGGCUCGGUCGCGGGCCGCACAGCGGAGGGCCGCGGUCGCGUGGGCUCACGCUGGCGAGUCCGGCUGCAGAUGCGGGGGAAGUGGCGUAUGGUGGACUGGGAGAGACUCAAUGAGCCCUUGGCGUCCAAGGAAGAGCUUCCAUUGUCCAGCUACUUUGUCACCGCCGACUUCAACGGUUGGGGUCUAGAGCAGAUGCAGCUGCAGGAGGAUGGCAGCUGGCGCUUGGAAGUCCACCUGAUACGUCCAGGCGGGAGCUUCCAGAUCCUGCGGAACCGCGAUCCGGAUCAGACGAUGUAUCCGGUAGAGGGGGAGCCAAGAGGUCCCGAUGACCUUAGCGAGGGCCGAUGCUGGACCAUGAAGGGGUCGCCGAAGGAGCUCUUCAGCAUCACCCUGCGGCGCCAGGUGUCAGACGGCUUGGAGACACGGAAAGAGGUGCAUAUUGAACGCCUUGGGGAGAAGGAGUUGGAUGAGGAACAAAUUUGUUCCCUGCGGCGCCUGCGGCUAUCAGCGUUCGGGACUUGGGAGCCAGGCGCACGGCUCCGGGAACUGGUUUGGACCGGCAGCUGUUACCAUUUCUUCGUUCGCCUCGGUGUGAAUGCCCGGGAGUCCUUCCAGCUCCUCCAGGACUUUAGCUGGCACCAUGUGAUCCACCCCAGCGUGGCCAAUGCCCGGCCCAGCUUGGAGCAUUCCGUGCUGGGGCCCAAAGCUGGCGACCGCGGCCUCAACUGGACCAUUGGCCUGGAUGGAUAUGAGAAGCCAGGGGACAUCUUCGAAGUGCAAGUCUUCGGCGAGCUUCGCGUGGAACGGGUGCGCUGGCACCGCCUGGCGCCGCGCACUUCCGCGGCGACCAUCCGACACGCUGAAGAGACGGGGCGCCGUCGGGAGCGUCGGACGGAGCGGCACCGCCACGGAACGCCGCGGACGGAGAGUCAUUUGCGGUGUAAUACUUGGCGGGAAGGAGCGUACCGGAACCGGCAUCAGAUGCUCCGCAAGGGAGUGCCGGAUUCACGGGAGAUGCCCGAGCGAGUCACCUGGAUGGUGGAUAAAAUCUAUCGGACGGCCAGCGAGGAACACGAACGAUGCAGGAAGUUCCUGAAAGCACUGGCCAUCUUGAGCGUUGUGCUGCGUGAAUGCUUGGAAGAGACGCUGAUGAGAAAGCUGAACCGGAUUGGCCACCAGGUGCAGCAAGCGCGGCCGGACGCCUUUCGCCUUGGGAAGAGUGGAGCGGAGGUGGCGACUGAGAAGGUCGAGCUGGGCAAUAGAUUUAAGUGGCUCAGCGGUACCCUCCAUUUGUUUGUGAGGAAGUGCCAUGAUAGCCUCUCCGACGUGGAUGAACUUGAAAAGAAGGUGGACGCCUUCCUGGAUGAGCUCACCAAGGCGGUUCAAGAGUUGCAGACUCUCCUGGAAGAGCUGCAGGACUUCUUCCAGCAGAUUGAGGCUAUGAAGAGUCAUGUGGAGGAUGAGUCAUGCAGAUCGCGCUUGGAGAGCUGGCAGAUGAAGCUCAUAGAGAUCAUCAAGGAAGAGCUUUUGACGCUUGGCUCCACCCAGAGGGUGCUGAAGUUGGACUCCGUGGGAUUGCCUGCAACUUCCUCGAGCUUCCAAGUGAUCUCCAGGUUCAUCCAAACCGAGCGGCGAAGCAGUGAACCAGACAUGAGCCGGGUGCGGCACGUGCCAAAGGUGGUCCGGCAAGCGCGGCCUCAACGGCGGCAGGUUGAGGAGUUUGUGGACAUUCCGGUGCCUCAGCAGGUGGAGGAAGUGGUCCAGGUCAAGAAGUUGAUCCCUCAGGAGCGGGUUCUCACGCGGCCUGUGGAGCAGAUCUUGGAGAUCGUCGUGCCCAUGAUCCAUGAGGAGGUGGUCUUGGUGCCCAAGGUGCUCCGCACCGAGCGGCGCGUUUGGCCCGUCGAGGAGAUUGUCGACGUGCCGGUGCCACAGAUCAAAGAAGAGGUGGUGCACGUGCGAAAGGAGGUGGUCCAAGAGAGGAUCAUUCAUCAGCCAGUGCACAUCCCAGUGGAGGUGCCGGUGCCUUUGGGCGAAGAAGAAGUGGUCAAAGUCCCUAAGAUUGUCCAGAAGACUCGAAAGAAGCAGGUGGAAGUGGAGCAGGUGGUAGAUGUCCCUGUGCACCAAGUGCAAGAGGAGUUGUUGGUCACUCCGGUCCUCAUUCAGAAGGAGCGCCUGGUCCACCGCCCGGUGCAACAGAUCAUCGAAAUCCCCGCGCCGCAGCUGGUGGAAGAGGAGGUGCCAGUGCCCUGCGUGGUAGAGCAGGAAGACGUGAAUUUUCGCAUGGUCGAGCAGAUCGUGCCAGUGCAUCGGCCCCAAAUCGUGGAGAAACUGGUGGAAGUGCCCAAGGUGCAACUCGAAGAGAAGAUCAUCCAGGUUCCGAUGAUCCAGAGGAACUGGGUGGACACCGUGAAGAAGCAGCAUGUGCAGGUGGUUGAGACCGAGCGGCCCAAGACCCUCCAGAAGCUGGUGAAGCGCAGGAAGCCCAUCCUGCAGGAGAAGAUCGUCCAGGUCCCAAAGAUUGUGCAAGAGGCGGUGCCGGUGAAGAAGGUCUUGCAACGGGAAGUGGAGGUGCCCACCGUCCAGUGGGAGGAGCGCUUCGUGGACGUCCCCGUGCAGAAGGAGAACUUCAUCAAGGUGCCCAAGACCGUCGAGAGGACGGUGGAGGUGCCACAAGUGGAAUACGUGGAUGAAGAGGUCCAGGUUCCUGUGCAGAGGCAUCGGCAGGUGCCAGUUCCUGUGCCCAUGCAGCGGAGCGUGGAGGUGCCCGAAAUACAAUACAUCGACAAGUUCAUUGAAGUCCCUGUGCAGAAACCUGUGAUGCUCCCUCAGGUCCAGAAAGUGCAGAAAGUGGUGGAGGUGCCCAAGAUCGACUACGAGGAUCAUCCCGUACAGGUGCCCAUUCAAAAGCAACGCCACGUGGCUGUCCCACAGGUCGUUCAGAAGACGGUGGAGGUGCCUGAGAUCGUUUACCAGGACAUGGUGGUGGAGAUCCCCGUGCACAAGCACAUUGCCGUGCCAAAGGUGGUGAAGAGCCGCAAAACGGUGGAAGUGGAGCAGAUUGAGUGGGUGGAUGAGAUUGUGCCAGUGCCAGUGCAACGCCACCGACUGGUGCCAACCGCCACGAAGCAGUCUCGGCAGAUCCAUGUGCCACAAGUGCAACACGUUGAUCGCUUUGUGGAUGUGGCCGUGCCGGUGCACAAACCAGUGCCGCAGAUCCAACGUGUGCAAAAACAGGUCUCUGUGCCCCAGAUCUGCCCUAUUAGGAAGGAGGUUGACGUGCCCAUUGUGAAACACGUCGAGGUGGAAGAUGUCCAAUAUGUGGAGAAAUACGUGGAGGUGCCACAAGUGCAAGUCGUCGAGAAGGUGGUCGAGGUACCGCAGAUGGAGUCGCUGCAGGGCCGUGAACUCCACGAAUACGUCCAGAUGCCUCCAGAGAGAAGACAGGCGCCCAGGGAAUACGCCUCGGUGGAAGAGGUGGGUGAAGAUUUGCCACUGGAGAUCGCUGUGCCCAUUUACGAGCAGCGUGAGGGUGUGGUGCACGUCGAACAGAAGGCCAUGGGCACCUUUCCAGCCAGUGGCGAUUUCCCGCUGGCCAGCCAGGCGGUCGCGCUCGCCAGCCCGCGUGGGGGCGGCAGUCAGGCCGGCUGUGGCGCACCCUUCACGAGCCAGGCCGGGAGCCCCUUCUCACCGGAGGCCUUUCCCUCUCGACACAUGGCCUCCGAGAUCUCUCAGAUCUCACAGGUGGCGCCCUUCGGUGUGCCGGCGAGUCCAGCGAGCGGGUCGCGAGUGCCACAGGCCUUUGCCUCUCAACCGCAGAUGGCCUCCGACAUCUCGCAGAUCUCACAGGUGAGGCCCUUCGGCACAGCGGGCUGCGGCGCCUGCAGUGCCACGCCCGGUGCAUCUCCUGCGGAACGCCUGGCGUCGGAGCUGUCGCAGAUUUCACAGGUCACCCCCUUCGGUGCUUUGCCGCCUACGGCUGGACUCAGCAGCGGAGGGCUUUUCGAAGCCCCGGCCACCACAUCCCUACCACCCACUGUGCCGCCCUCGCCGGCGCGAAAGCCUGGCGUGGGCACGGUGGACAAGGACCCAGCUUGACUAUCCAAAGUCCGGCUUGACUGGAGGAGCUCCAAGCUCCUAGGGCUCCAGUCAUACCUUCUGAGUAGGUAUGACUGGAGCCGUAGGGUGGGAAUAAUCCAUGGGACCAUCCGACCAUCUGGGUGAAUGGACUACCCAGCUAUCGAUCUAUCGAUCUCCAGCCAGGACACGGUCUGGGAUGGUCCAGAUAUACCUUGACCCGACUGACCGUUCGUAGAAAAAAUGGGACACGGCCGGAACAACAAAACAGGUAGAUUUGUACAAGCAUCGCUACUAGUAGCAGGAAGCUACUAGGUUGGAGGCCAUUGCUACUAGGGUGGAGGCCAUCUCUACCAGGGUGGAGGCCAUCUCUACCAGGUUGGAGGCCAUUGCUACUAGGGUGGAGGCCAUCGCUACUCGUAGCAAGGACGCUGUAUACCCAUUUUCUGAGGUACCGACUCACGGGGCCGGCUCCGUCGAUGCAGAUCUGGGCACCUGGCACACGAGAUGGUCCAACACCACGGGUCAUCUGGGUCAUCUGGGCUUGCGUUCAACGCCUGGACCAAAAUGGGGUCUCGGUGAUUGGUGAUGGCGUAGAGUACGUGAUUGGAGUAGGUGACCUUUGAUUUCCUUUGGUGGCUGAGUCUUCUCAAAUCUGGGCGACGUCGACUGCCUGGACUGAGGGUCAUUGGACCCUCCAUUCGAUCGGGAAAACCACGGGUGACACAGUGCAACGGGUCCUGGUAUGGAUCAAAAAAGGGAUUUCAUGACUGGCUGGGCUAGGAGGAUCAUGGUUGGAACCACAGGGAAAAACAAAUCACCAAACAUCACCAAACAUGUUACAUGAUGGGGUUUGUACCGCUGACUGUGCGCCCAUCCAGCUAAGCCAGGCUAAGCCCAUGGUUGUGGGUGUUGUGAAAGAAAGAUCGUACGAGGGCUCAUAUUGACCACAGGAACCUUGUGAUGCUCAGUCAGGUGAUGAUGUUCUUGUCCGGAACUGGGAUGCACUGGGUAUACCCUGGGAGUCAAAG